CUCCCUAUGCAUCACCACACUCGUAACUCUCUCUCUCUCUCUCUCUCUAUCUCGAUCGAUUUCAGAUUCAGGGACUCAGAGUUCAUUUUCGAAAGAUGCCGACGUUGUCCGAAAAGUUGGGAGCUCAGGGUGGCAAUGGAGGAAACGAGUGGGAUGAUGGUGUCUACCAUGGUGUAAGGAAAGUGUACGUCGGACGAGACCUUUCUCGCAUCACGUAUAUCAAGUUCGAGUACGACAAAGGCGGCGAAUUCGAAACACGUGAACACGGGAACAUACAACAGGAGCCGAAAGAGUUCGUGCUUGACUAUCCGAACGAAUACAUCACGUCGGUGGAGGGGACAUACAACAAAACCCGACUUCUUGGCACUGACGUCAUUACAUCUCUUACCUUCAAAACGUCCGACGGGAGAAUCUCCCAGACCUUUGGAGUGGUUUCUGGUACGAAAUUCGCACUCGAGGACAAAGGUCGCAAACUUGUCGGAUUCCACGGGAGGGCGGAGGAAGCGAUCGAUGCGAUCGGAGCUUAUUUUUCACCGAUUUUCUCUACUUCGUAUCCUGUUUAUAGGUUGGGAAUCCGAGGCGGUAGCGGAGGAAAUUCUUGGGACGAUGGAGUUUACGGGGGCGUGAGAAAAGUUUGCGUCGGAAGAGAUUUAUCUCGCGUGACUUAUGUCAAGUUCGAGUACGGCAAGGGCGGGGUAUUUGAGGAACGUGAACAUGGGAAGAUAGCUCAAGAACCAAAAGAGUUUGCGCUUGAUUACCCGGACGAAUACAUCACAGCCGUGGAGGGAACCUACAAGCCGAUUCUUCUCCUCGGCCCUGAUUUCGUUACGUCGCUUACCUUCAAAACGUCCAAGGGGAGGACCUCUCCGACGUACGGAACUGCGUUGGGCACGAAGUUCGUACUCGAGGACCAAGGUCGCAAGCUCGUUGGGUUCCACGGACGGGAAGGCGAUGCUAUCGAUGCUCUCGGAGCUUAUUUCCUGCCAAUUUCCUCGCCCUUGUCGUCUGUUUAUCAAUUGGAAGCGCAAGGCGGGAACGGAGGAAUUCCUUGGGAUGACGAUGUUUAUGGCGGUGUGAGAAAAGUGUACGUUGGACGAGAUAAUUCCUGUAUAACGUACGUCAAGUUCGAGUAUGAUAGGGAUGGUAAACUCGAAGCUCGUGACCAUGGGAAGAAACAGGAACAUCUACAUGAGUUUGUGAUUGAUUAUCCGAAUGAAUACAUCACAUCGGUGGAAGGAACAUACAACAAGGUUAGUCUCUUCGGCAGCGAAGUCGUCACGUCGCUUACCUUCAAGACAUCCGCCGGAAGAGCCUCUCUGACGUUCGGAAACGCAAGCGGCGGUAGUAACUUUCUGCUCGAGGUGGAAGGUCUCGGACUCGUCGGAUUCCAUGGGCGGGCAAGCGACGCUCUCACUGCCCUUGGAGCGUAUUUCGCUCCCUUGGUUCCUGCCAAGAAACUUCAGGCGCAGGGCGGAGAUGGAGGAUCAUCAUGGGACGAUGGCGUAUAUGACGGUGUGAGGAAGAUAUAUGUCGGGCAAGGAGAUUUCGGCGUGGCCUUUGUCAAGUUUCGAUACGAUAAGGGCUCGAAUGAGGUAGCCGGAGACGAUCACGGGAAAAAGUCACUUCUUGGAACAGAGGAGUUCGAGCUCGAUUAUCCGGACGAAUACAUCACAUCGGUGGAGGGAUGCUACGAUAAGAUAUUCGGAACUGAAGCCGAAGUUAUUACAAUGCUUAGGUUCAAGACAAACAAACGGACAUCUCAGCCGUUCGGACUAGAAGCAGGAACGAGGUUCGUGCUCGAGGAGAAAGACAGCAAAAUCGUCGGAUUCCAUGGCAAAGCGAGCGAUGUCGUUCAUCAGGUCGGAGUUCAUGUCAUGCCGAUCGCCAACUGAUCUAAAGACAGAAGCUGUGUCCAAGUCGACUAAGUUUGUGUUUGAAUAAGGUUGUGUGUUUCCUGCUUUUGAUUUAUGCUCUUUACGUUUACAUAAUAAUUAAUCAAAUUUAUGUGAAAUUACGUUA